ACGGAACGCCCACCUCGCUGUCGCGGGCGACCUGAAACCACGUGCGCCGGGAGUUCGCGUCGCGGGCUGCGCUUGCGCGAGGAGCCCGGGCCCCGGGCGAAGACUGGCCAGAGGGGCGGCGAGGGUCUCAGCCCGAGCCGGAGCCGAGGACGUCCCCUGAGAAAAGCGGGGCUCUGAAGGCCCUGGAGGGGAACGCCAGAGAUGGACCUCCUGAGACUCACCUGGCUCUUCUCCGGCCCCCGCCCCCUAGCACUGUCCAUCCUACAGCACCUUGACCCUCUCGGAGCCAGAUGGGCAGGAGGCAGGGAGGGUCCCGCCCGGCUGAGGGCCACAGGGCUGAUUCGGCCAGUGCCAGCAGCCUUCAGCAGCUCCCUCUCUCAGCUGUCUCUUGGCCAGGGAAGCCAGAACACAGGCAGCCUCAGCAAGAAACCAAGCCAGCCCAGCCCCACAGCCACCCAGGAGGAAGAGGAGGAGGAGAGCUUUGGGACUCUCUCCGACAAAUACUCCUCCCGGAGAAUGUUCCACAAAUCGACAGCCCAGUUGUAUAACCUACGGCUCAGGGAACAGAGUAUUGAAGAUGAGGAAGGGGAGCUGGAGCCAAAGUUGUGGCGGGGCCGGAGAAACACCCCUUACUGGUACUUCCUUCAGUGCAGACGCCUGAUCAAGGAAGGAAAGCUGGUUGAGGCCAUGGACCUGUUUGAGAGACAGAUGCUGAAGGAGGAGCAACUCCAGCCCCUUGAGUGCAACUACACGGUGCUGAUCGGGGGCUGUGGGCGGGCCGGCUACCUGAAGAAGGCCUUCAGGCUCUACAAUGACAUGAAGAAGCGGGACCUGGAGCCCUCAGACGCCACCUAUACAGCCCUGUUCAACGUCUGCGCUGAGUCUCCCUGGAAGGACUCAGCUCUGCAGAGCGCCCUGAAGCUACGGCAGCAGCUGCGGGCCAGAAACUACCAGCUCAACUUGAAAACAUACCAUGCCCUGCUGAAGGUGGCUGCCAUGUGCGCAGACCUCAGAAUGUGCCUGGAUGUGUUUAAGGAAAUCGUCCAGAAAGGGCAUGUGGUCACUGAGGAGACCUUCAGUUACCUGCUAAUGGGCUGCAUCCAGGACAAGGAGACAGGCUUCCGACGUGCUCUGCAGGUGUGGAGGCAGAUGCUGCAUCUGGGGCUUCAGCCCAGCCGGCACAGCUACAACCUGCUGUUGGGGGCAGCUCGGGACUGCGGCCUGGGGGACCCGGAGGUGGCCGCGGCCGUGCUUCUGAGGCCCAGGAAGGAGAUGGCCCUGCUGCAGCCCCUGGCAGGCAGGCAGCGGGCAAAGAGGAGAGCCCGGGCCGGGGCGGACAGCAGCACAUGGGCCAGGCUGCUCGUGGAGGCCCUGGAGAGGCAGCUGUUUUGGGAACCUUCUCAGGCACUUGAGGGGUCUCCGGAAAUUCAGGAGGCUGGGGCCCCCAGCAUGGCCCAACCUAGAGUGGAAACGAAGGCGGAGCCUGAUCACAGGGUGGCCCUCCCCUCUGUGGCCCCAGAACCACCUCCUUGGGGGCUGAAGGCCAACCUCCUGACCAUGGGGGCGGUCCCCUCGGCGGUGGUGUCCUUUGGGACCGUGACCACCCCAGCCAACAGACUGGCCUUGAUGGGGGGCCUGGAGGGUUUCCUGGGCAAGAUGGCGGAGCACGGGCUUCGGCCCGACAUCAAGACCCUCACGCUGCUGGCUGAGGUGGUGGAGCCCGGGAGCCCCGCAGAGUCCUCACUGCUGAGCGUCCUGGACACGCACCAGGUGGAGGCUGACGUGACCUUCUUCAACACGCUGAUGAGGAAGAAGAGCAGGCGGGGUGAUCUGGAGGGGGCGAAGGCCCUGCUGCCAGUCCUGGCAAGGAGAGGAAUUAUCCCCAACCUGCAGACGUUCUGCAACCUGGCCAUCGGGUGCUGCAGGCCAGCGGAUGGUCUGCAGCUGCUCGCAGACAUGAAGAGAUCCCAGGUGACCCCCAACACCCACUUCUACAGCACCCUCAUCAACGUGGCCCUGAAGAAGCUGGACUACACCUAUCUUAUCGACAUCCUGAAGGACAUGAGGCGGGACAGAGUCCCGGUGAAUGAAGUGGUCAUCCGCCAGCUGGAGUUUGCCGCCCAGUACCCCCCCACCUUUGACCGGUACAAAGGGAAGAACACCUACCUGGAGAAGAUCGAUGGCUUCCGAGCUUAUUAUAAGCAAUGGCUAAAAGUGAUGCCAGCAGAGGAAACCCCCCACCCAUGGCAGAAAUUCCGAACCAGACCAAAGGGAGAGCAGGACACCGUCACCGUGGCUGAUGUGGACAGAGACCCUGGGGGCCAGUGAUGGGGAGACCCUGGGGACCCCCAGCAGAGCUGGAACCAAGUGCGCAGCCUUCCCAGGGCUUUGGGGGAGCCCCAGGAGUCCCUCUCAUGUAAAAGACUCACGAAUGUGCUGCUGUAGCUGCAGGUAUGAGGGGAAAGGUCUGGUCCAGGACAAAGUGAGAGCUGCAGCCCUUCCAGGCAUUGGUCUGAGGACAAAUGCUGGGCCCCGUGUGCCCAAGUUCAUGGCACGUCCCAGGGAGCAUGGGCCACCAUGGUACACCAUCUCAGGCCAUCCUCACCUGAGAGGUUGUCACCCCCAUCACUGAUGAGGAGAGUGAAUCUGCUCAAGGUGGAGUUGUCCUAAAGGCAACUGGUCUCCAGGGCCUGGUGCUGUCCCACUGGGUCCCACUGGCUCUGAGAGAAGGAGUGCAGGGCCCAACAGGUUUAAAAGUUUUAUUUCUACAAAUCACAGCUGAUGAACACCAAAGCCUUCGCAUGUAGAGACCAUGCUCCAACUCGGGCCUUGGGUGCCACUCUGUGGGUAGAGCUGCUUCCAGGAAAGGGGCAGUGUGACAGGCAGACUCCUGCGCAGCCAAGAGUCCAGGGCGGAGGCAGUCACGGUGCAAGGGCCUCAGCCGGAGCAGCCCCGGCAGCCGCAGUGCGUGCAUUCGAUGAUCCGGCCCUGCGGACGGAGGACAGAGGACAGCUGAGCCACCACGCCCCCGCCACGUGCCGCACACCCUUGUGCAGGUGUCCUCCUGCAGGAGGGGUGGCCACAGGACACUUACUGCCUACAGGACACUCAGAAACCCUCUGUGACAGUUCUGGAUGGGGAGAAUUCCGUUCCCUUGUGAUGGUGGAAACUGCUACUGCUGAUAAACUGAAGUUACAACUUUUAAGUGUAUUUAAUUUAUGCAAAUUCAGUGUACACAUUUGCUCCCAAAAAAGGAAAACAAUCUGUCUGAA